AUGGAGGGCGAGAGCACGUCGGCGGUGCUGUCUGGAUUUGUGCUCGGCGCGCUCGCCUUCCAGCACCUCAACACCGACUCGGACACGGAAGGUUUUCUCCUUGGGGAAGUGAAAGGUGAAGCCAAGAACAGCAUCACUGAUUCCCAGAUGGAUGAUGUUGAAGUUAUUUAUACAAUUGACAUUCAGAAAUACAUUUCAUGCUAUCAGCUUUUUAGCUUUUAUAAUUCUUCUGGUGAAGUAAAUGAGCAGGCGCUGAAGAAAAUAUUAUCAAAUGUCAAGAAGGAUGUGGUUGGUUGGUACAAAUUGCGACGUCAUUCAGACCAGAUCAUGACAUUUAGAGAGAGACUGCUUCACAGAAACUUACAGCAGCAUCUUUCAAGCCAGGAACUUGUUUUUCUGUUAUUAACACCAAGUAUAAUAACAGAAAGCUGCUCUACUCAUCGACUGGAGCACGCCUUAUAUAAGCCUCAGAAAGGACUUUUUCAUAGGAUACCUUUAGUGGUGGCCAAUCUGGGCAUGUCCGAACAGCUGGGUUAUAAAACUACAUCUGGUUCCUGUACGUCUGCUGGUUUCAGUCGAGCAGUAAAAACACACAGCUCUGAAUUUUUUAAAGAAGAUGGAUCUUUAAAGGAGGUGCAGAAGAUAAAUGAAAUGUAUAGUUCUUUACAAGAUGAAUUAAAGAGUAUAUGCGAAAAAGUAGAACACAGUGAGAGAGCUGUAGAAAAACUACUAAAUGAUGUAAACAGAUUAAAAGGAGAAAUUAAAAAAAGAAAACAAGCACAGUUGCAAGCAACACGAGAGAAGAAUGUCCAAAAAGACCCUCAGGAGAACAUUUUGCUUUGUCAAGCUUUACGGACCUUUUUUCCGGAUUGUGAACUUCUCCAUUCAUGUGUUAUCUCCUUGAAAAAUAGGCGCAUUUCUGGAAGUAGCUGUACUACCACCCACCCUCUCAGUGGGGUCCACAAUCUAACCCUAAUGGUGGAAUACACAGACUUUCCUGAAGCGAGUCCAGCUCGUAGUGCCCUGCCGGUGACCAAGCGGAAAGCCUCAGACAUGGAUGAUGGGUGGCAGGUCAAGAAGUCACGGCUGGGAGAGAUACAGAACAGACCCUCUAAAACAUAUAGUAGUAACCAAGAAAAAGCAUUCCCAGUGAGCAGCCCAGAAACUGAUGAAGAGAUGGAGAGAAUGAAGGGUUCUGGUGAAUAUCCACAGUCUCCUACCUUCUGAUGCUUUGGGGCCCAAAGGAGAAUUUUGAUCAGCUGAAGGGGAAAGCCAAAUGUAUUUUUUUUAACUGUGUUCAGCUCUUUGCAGUAACACAUAGGGAAGU